GUAAAUUAAUCCAUAAAACCAACAUAAAACCACCCACAUUAACACCAUCUAUUUACUUUGAAACAUUUUUUUCUCUUUAUAUCCUAUUGUUUUACCAACUUCAUUUGUUUCAUACAAAGUUAACAUAACCAUGAAGGACAAACAAGAAAAAAGGUGAAUUGAUUAAGGUAUUUUAGAUUGAUGCCUUUUUUUCCCCCUUUAUGUUUUUCCAUAUAAUUCUUCAAAGUAAUGUCUCAUUUUGCCCUAUGGAUAUAAAACUAGGCAUUUAAAAUAAGAAGAUUUAAAAUAAUUCAUGUUUAUUUUAUUUAAAAAAACAAACAUUUUAAUUUAAUCCUGGUCACGCAGCAUUUAAAGUACAUGUUUCACAACUAAAUUGAUAAUGAGAAAUAUUUACAUAUUUAUAAAACAAAUGUAAAAUUGUUUCUGUUCAUCCUAAAAUGUAUUGGGGCCCAAAACAAAAGCGUGACACGUCAUGACGGCCGCCGGAGUCACGUCACCUCAGUCCCCGCCCUCCACAGGGAAAGCGCACAUUCCUAUUGUCCAAGAUGGCGGCGUUGGUGCAGGUCCUCUGAUGCUGACAUGUUUUUAAACGAGUUUAUCCCUUUUUUUCGACAUAUAUGCAAAUACUCAGCGUUUGGAGCGGGAGCGUUUCUUCACCGAAGCUGUCGUCUGCUACGUUAUUUUUGCUAACACCGCAGAAAUUCGCUCCCCGGGCCGGAUUCCCGUUGCAGGCACCGAAAAGUUUGAGCUCCAUCAUCCUUUGAAAAUGAAGAGGCAGGCCGGGAGAGAGACUAGUCCGUCCAGGGCCAUCGCCAAACGGAUACGGGAGAGGGAGCGAGAGAGUGCGCGGAGGGAGGAGCUGCCGCCGCCGCCGCCGCUGGCUCUGCUGCUGGCGGACAGUCGGGGAUAUCACCGACGGAGCCGAAGCAGGGAGCGGGAGAAGCCGCGGCUCAGGGAGGAGCGGGCGGCCGCCUUGGAGCUCCACCACCGACAUGAGCUCAGCCUCCUCGGUCGUCCGCCGCUACGGACAACGGCUGCGGCUGCGGCGGCGGCGGAGCUCCCUGCCGCCAGGCCGGGCACACUGGAGUACAAAACGCUGCUCAUCAGCAACCUCGGCUCGCAGGUCUCGGACGAGGACGUGGAGGACGCGCUGUUUCAUGAGUUCAAAAAGUUCGGGGACGUGAGCGUGAAGCUGUCGCACACCCCGGAGCUGGGCCGGAUCGCCUACGUGAAUUUUCGGCACCCGGAGGACGCCAAGGAGGCCAGGCACGCCAAAUCCUCCAGGUUAGUGCUGGGCGAUCGACAGCUCAAAAUCGAACCCAUGUACGUUAGGAGGCGGAGUGUCACGCCGCCAGACGUUGGUUAUUUACCUCUGCACGCGCCGUACCCCUACAGACAGCGCUCCCUCUCCCCGCCGGGGCCAGGUGUGAGCAACAUCAGAGACAUCAGAGCGAGACAUUACGCCUUGGAGACCCUGGGUCUGAGCAGAGAGAGGGAGAGGCUGUUGGAUUAUUAUGGUAUGCUGGAUGAGAGGGGUCGGCCCUAUGGCUUCCCUCCGAUGCCAGUGGUGGAGGAUUUAAAACCCGAGGAUGAUCAGAGGGCGACCAGUAACCUGUUUAUUGGGAAUCUGGAUGGUAAUGUUACAGAAGCAGAACUGAGGAGGGGCUUUGACAAGUACGGGAUCAUUGAGGAUGUUGUGAUUAAACGCCCAGCUCGUGGACAGGGUGGGGCAUAUGCUUUUGUGAAGUUUCAGAACCUGGACAUGGCCCACCGGGCCAAAGUGGCCAUGCAGGGACGGCUGAUCGGUGGCAACCCGAUAAAGAUUGGCUAUGGGAAAGCCAACCCUACCACGCGGCUUUGGGUGGGGGGUCUUGGGCCUGGGAACUCCCUCGCUGCUCUCGCUCGGGAGUUUGACCGGUUUGGAAGCAUAAGGAAUAUCGACUACGUGAAGGGGGACAGUUUUGCUUACAUUCAAUAUGAAAGUCUGGACGCUGCACAAGCCGCCUGCACCCAGAUGAGGGGUUUUCCUUUAGGUGGCCCAGAGCGGCGACUGAGGGUGGACUUUGCUAAAGUUGAGGAAAGCCCCUCUCGGCCAUUUCCACCUGGCUACCAGCCUCCUGUUGCACUCCCCUCCCACUACGACCUCCUCGGGGAGGCCUACAGCCGCCAUCGCAGCUUGGAGCGAGAGCUGAGGGGAGCCAGGGACCGCUCAUCGCCGCCCUCCCACAGCGUCCUCUCCCAGAGGGAAAGAGAAAGGGCCGUGCUGGAGAGAGACUACCCCACUAGUCCAACCCGUAGCCUGGAGAGGAGAGCGGGAGGGGUGGAGGCGUUCGGGAGGAGUGGGAGAGCGGCGAGGAGCCGCAGCAGGAGCAGGGAGCGAUGGCUGAAGGAGAGGGAGGAGAGGAGGAACAGGAGGAGGAGCCGGAGCAGGAGUCUGUCCGCUGAUAGGCAGACAGAGGAGAGGGAGAGAGAGAGGGAGAAGGAGAGGGGGAGGUCGAGGGUUCGGGCUCCGGCUCCGGGAGGGGUCGUCUCUCCUGACGUGAGCCCCGACCGAGCGCGGGUCCGAGCCCCCGACUCCACCACCGAGCCAAGAGACCACUCCCCUGACAGCGGUGUAGCUGGACGCCACUCUGCCACCAAUGAAGAAGAUCCACUGCCUGGCCGCCACCACAGCAAGAGGUCCUCCAGCGUACACCUCAACAACCAUCACCAUCGAAACAGCGAGGUCAUCGCCGCCAGCUCCCCCGCCAUCCACACGGACACGCACACCUCCUCCCCUCCGAGCACGCUGUCGGAGUUCGCCCAGGCGUCUCUCUCCAAAACGUGGCACGGCUUCUUCGCUCUGAAGAACAGCAGCUUCCCCACAGACCUGUACCUGCUGGAGGGGGGGCCCUCGUUCUUCAACACGGUGAUGAAGGACACUCUGAAGCUGCAGAGCCAGAACCAACCCAGCCAGCUGAAGAUCGCCCAGCGGCUCCGCAUGGACCAGACCCGCCUCGACGAGGUGUCCCGUCGCAUUAAACUGGGGCGGCCCAACGGGUACGCCAUCCUGUUGGCUCUCCAGGGCCCCAUCGACCGCCAGGCCCCCGCUCCCGAGCCGGGACUGCAGGUGCGCUUGCUCCGCCACCUGGUGACCUAUCUGCGGAACAAGGAGGCAGCGGGAGUGGUGAGCCUCCCCGCUGCAAAAGAGGGCGGGCCUGGGGCGAUGCUGUACGCCUUCCCCCCUGGAGAUUUCUCGCAACAGUACCUGCAGGCCGCCAAAAGGACUGUGGGUAAUCUGGACGAGGAGCACAUGGUGAUUGUGAUCGUCACGGAUACUAACUGAUUAUUACACUGAAGAGUACACACAUGUACAGACGCUUGUGAAGGCAUGCACACACACACCGAGCGAGACUCGCCCGGUGACUACAGAUACUUCCAUGUUUUUAGAAAGAAGCAUUUUAUUGUUUUAUUCAGUGUCUUAUAAAUGAAACACAGCAAAUUACACUACAUCUCUUUUACUCUCUCUUCCUCUUUUAUUACUUUACUUCUCCCUUUCUCCGAAGCUGAAUUAUUGUCACGUUCACAGGCAGAUAGGAUCUUGAGAUUUGGAUUUCUGGGGGGGGGUGGUGGAAGUGUUAAAAUGGCCUGUAAUGAAAAACACUUAAAGGAGAGAGGACGUGCUGCACACACAGGCAGCACUGCCGCUGUUGUACUCUAAGCUGUAACAUACGACACUAAAAAACCGAGAGGGUUUGUUUAUAUGCUCGUUUACUUUAUUUGUCUGUUUUGUUCUCCUUUUUUAUUUGGAUUUACCAGGUUGUUCUGUUCAUCCGAUACAAGUUGGGACUAGGAGGUUUUAUACAAAGUGAUUGUACUGUAAACUGAAUUGGAACUCAGCGCAGCGCCGGGCCGAGUCCUGGCUCGGGUUUACUUCCAGUUUGUCUUUCUCCACUCGCAGGUUGAGACUGUUGUGAAGCACCAGCCAGCUACGGCCAGUAGAGACAACAAUGUAUUUCCUCGACCCGUCCCCCCUGACUAAAUACUUCACGUAGCUAGUGUUUUGAAUCAGUUGAACCAUUCCAGUUUCUUCUUUCAUUUUCGAAAGGUGUGAGUGUGUCUCGGUCUGUCGUUGCAUGCAGAAAAAAGAAGAGAAAAGAAAAAAAGGUUCUGUUUUGUCCGUCUCUUAAAAUGUACGCUUCCCUUUUCAGUACACUGUUGUCACUCGGGACAUGUUCAGCUGUUACACUGGUGCGAGGUCUGAUGUUGUCGCUGGUUCGGGUUUUAUACUGUACACCGACUUUUAUUCGGUUUUAAUACAUCGAUCCAUCCAUCUCUUAAGUCCAUCCAUCCUCCUCUUGUCUUCUCAUCUGCCUUUUAAAAAGAUGUCUUCAUCAUCAGAUCAUUUUAGCUCUGUUUCUAUUCUUCGUCUCUUAACGCGAACGUCAUUCACAGGCAGUUUUUCAGAAAGACAGUUACAAGUUUUUAGUGAAAUUCACCUUAAGCGUUAAAUAUCUUUUAACACUAAUUCUAACUUCUUUUAACCGAACUCGCCCUGAUUUAAACUUCUAACAUCCAUGUCAAGUCAACUUUUUUGUCAAGAGGAUAUUUUAGUAAAACACAGAUUCAAAGUAUGUUUUCUCACCCAGAUGAUACUGAAUAAAAAUAUUAGAGGUUAGAGAAUAAAAAAAAGAAGUGGAUAUUCUUCUGCACACCUUCGACGGGGGCCAGAGACUUUUUAUUUUGUCAGAGUGUUAUUGCUGUGUGAAACUUGGGAGCCAUGAAAACGUAUAGAUGUUCUUUUUUUUUUUUUAUCCCUGACAACAUCGUCGCACGUUUGUUGUCAGACGGUUUGUUUUGCACCAACGUAAUGAGAAUGUAUGUAGUUCACGUAGAAGAGGUGAGAUGUGUUGAAACCUCGUGUAGCCUGGGUGGUAGAUCGACAACUCUCAUCACACACCGUCGUUUACUACAGUUACUGUUUUACAAAGGCCAGAAAAAGGUCGAUGAGGGAGAGAGAGAGAGAGAGUGUGUCAUGUUCUGUUAAAACUCCCGGAGCUCAGGUUUUAACAGCGGGUGUAAUCGUAUCUUUCAGACUGAGCAGGAAACAACUGUUUGUCAGCUGUGAGUUCAGUGACAUAAGAACGAAUCGGGAAUUAGAGAAGAAAACUCCCACCAUUUGUUUACAGCACAAACAGGUAAAUGUGAGUCACAGGACAAGCUGAUGUUAAAACCACAUGUAGAUUUGUUCCUAAGAUGUAAAAGUACUUAGUUUGGGUGAAUAUCUGCAACUAAUGAUUAUUUUCAUUACUGAUUAAUCUGAUGAUCAUUUUAUCAAUUAGUCUGUUAAUUGUUUGGUCUUUAAAUGUUUUUUCUGGCCUUAAAUCCAGUGUUCAGUUCACUGUCACAUGGGAUGGUGGAAAACAGCUGAUUUGUUGACUGGAGAAGCUGGAACUAGGAAUUUUUGGCAUUUCUUGUGGGAAAAACUUUCAAUAAUUAAUCCAUUAUUGAAAUAGCUGCCGAUUAUUCUUCUGAUGAUCGCGUAAUCGAUUAAUCAACAGAUCAUUUAAGCCCCAGAAAAAGACUGUUUUCCUAAAAUAUUACACACCUGAAAUACAGAAAAUGUAUUAAGUAAAAAAUAGAAGUAAUAUCAUUUACCUGUACACGAGUAGAACUGUGUUGAUGCUGCUGCUGUGUUACAUGGACGUCUCACUGUGGAACAACAGUUUUUCAUUCUUUUAUUCUGUUUUAUCAAAGAAUUGAAUUCCACGUCUGCUGUCUGUUUGAGUUACAGUGUCUGAUUCUCAGCAGGAUGUACUGUAAAUUAUGUGGCAGUAAUUACCAGUGGUGGAAACUAACUCAGUUUAUUUACUUCAAAGUGGCAAAUUUGAAGAUUUUUCACGUAAAUAAGAGUCUUUUAAGUCGCUGUCUGUCGCUGGAGGAGGUGACACUGGUGACUGAGCCCAUGAUCCACUUACAUACAUUGUGUAGAAGUCAUUGCAUCUCCCAGUUUGUUGAACCGAGUGUGCUGUAUGGUAGAAUCACACGUGAUUCAAAAACAAACCUGCAAUUACCAUGUAUGGCCAUAGGUGUCGCCAAAGAUAACAAAGCUUUGAUCAUCGAGAUCGCUACUUGAAGUACUAAUGUAUAUGUCUUUGGUUUGCAUACUUUAUUUAAUUGUUUCCAUUUCUGCUUCUAUAAACUUCUUACACUAAAGUUCAGAUGGAAAUAUUCUACUUUUUACUUCACUACAUGUAUUUGACAGCUGUUGUCGCUUGUAUAUUUUGCAGGUUAUGUAUCAUACAAAAUGUAUGAUUUUCUAAAACAUGAUGCAAAAAAAAUCUCCAUUUUAUCAAGUAAUUUUAGAAUGACCUGUAGUCACUUUUAAUUUUUUUUUCUUUUCUUAAAAAACGUGAGAAACAUUUUCUAUCACAGUGAGAAUAUUUCAACCUAUAUUCAGUGUAAAUCAAAAAUUAGCUGUACAGCAGUUCCCCUUACUUUCUUUUGUCUCAAGACACAGACACUCUCUUCCAGAAGAGUUUAAACAAGUUGAGUUAAAUUAAAACAAGUUGAAAUGUUGUCACCAAACUACAAAAUUAUAGACAAAAUUGCUUUCAUAAGAUUCACGUUUUUGCUACAGACUAAACUUAAAAAUGUUGGUAAAAUCAGCAACAACAAAAUAACUGCCCACACCUUAAUGCAUCAUUGCUAAUAAUAAGCCAUUCAGCAAAAGAAGUACUUUAUGUUUUGUUGCUCUACUUACAUUUUACUCUUAAUAUUUCUCUGCUUUUACUUGCAAUGGAGUAUUCUUUCAUUGUUUGGAUCUGAGCACUUCUUCCAUCACUGGUAACGACUGAUUUCACAUGUGGCUUGACAAGAUUUCUCACCUUACUGUCUUAAAUGUCAUGAUUAUUACACUAUAGCUGGACUUCACCUUUCUUUUUUUGUAACUGUCACACACGCUGCAUCGUUUGUCGUUCUCACUUUUGUAGCCUCGUAGCUGUUGGUCGGAAAGUUGCUCAACCCAGCGGUUUGUGCAUGUUGGGCUUGAAUGCAUUAGAUGAAGGAAAUUAAAAGGAAAACGACUGUGAGGGCGAAACUGUGCAGGAGAUCGGCCAGUUGUUCCUUCAGGGAAGCUUCUCCUCCUAAAGAGGCUUCUGGAAAAAAUUUGGUCAUGUGACUGUUGCUGAAUGUUCAUCACCACAUCGAUCAUAUAAAUAUAUCAGUUUUGUACAAUAUACCAGUAUAGAAAAUAAAGAAGUGAAACCUUACUUUUUCUAUCAGCUGCCCUCGAUCAAUGAUCAGUUGUGAAUAGACUUCCUUAUCACUCCCCCCAUCUCAUCUGAACUCGUGGUGUACUGUGUUCACACCGAUGCGUUACACAGACCAGGUGGAAUACAAAUCCAUGACGACAAUCGGUUUUUGUACACAGUUUCCCUCUAUGGUUUUGUUUUUGUGUCAACAUACAAACAUGUAUUCUGCAUUAAAAAAAAAUGUAAUAAACAUUUUAUGCUCUUUGUAAGACUG